AUGUCUAACAAGGACUGGCUCUCACACAUGGAUACGUUUUCUCCAUCACACCAGCCUGACGAGGGCUACUCGGAGGACCCUCUCGACUCAACCAUCCAGAAGGAUCUCAGGUUAUCGCUCGCAUCCUUGAGAUCUGCGGCAGAACUGCCAGCCUGGAUAUCUGCGAAUGCAGCGCAUCUCCCCAUAUCGCUCAAAAAGGAGCUAACAAUGGCGCUCUUGAGCGAACUACCAACAUCAACCAUCUCAGAGAUUGUCCAAAAGCUGAACCCUAGACUGUACAUUGAUUUCAUACAAUACUUGCCAGUCGAAAUCUGCCUCAAGAUCCUGUCUUACCUCGACCCCAAUUCUCUCGUCAGUGUUAUCCAGACAUGUCGGGCUUGGUGCGAUAUCGGGUUGGACUCGAAGCUAUGGGAACGGAUAUAUCACCUUGAAGGCUGGAAAGUCAUCCGAAGCGAAAUAGAAACUUGGGAAACGAAGAUUAAUGUUGGGCUCAACGACUCCAUCAGCCACUUGCAUCGAAUCCAGAACUCCGAAGGUCACACGAGCAAGAUCCGGGCAAUUUUGAACGAUGAUGAGGACACGUUCAUGACCACAUCUGAUAGCGAUAGAGUUGGCGGUAGCGACGGUGUCAUAUCUCAAAGCAUCUUUGGCUCACCCACUUCGUCAUUUUCAAGCAACAGGCCUAAUGCAGGUUUUAUGGGCGACGCUGAAUUGGACGUCGCUGGCAUGCGGGGCAAGUCAGUCGAUAGAAGUUUUGGGUCGUAUUCUGGCUCCCGAGACAGAGCAAAGGAGUUGAAUAUGACUCCAGAGGUAUCACUGCCUCCGAUUCUCCCGCCCAAGGACCCUCGCGCCUUGAGACGUUCCACAUUGUGGAUGUGGGAUAUGAAUCAUUCCCGCUACCGCAUCAACUGGAAGUAUCUGUAUAAUAUGCGCCGGCGACUCGAGUCAAAUUGGGAACUGUGCAAGGCGGUACCCUUUCAGCUUCCUCAUCCAAAUCACCCUACAGAGGGACACCAGGAAUGUAUAUACUCGCUACAGUUUGACUCCAACUACUUGGUGAGCGGGAGUAGGGACCGGACCAUGAGGAUCUGGAAUCUUCAAACGCGGCGCCUUAUUCGUGCGCCAUUGGUGGGCCACCGGGGUUCAGUGCUGUGCCUUCAGUUUGAUGCAAGCCCCGACGAAGACUUGCUUGUCUCCGGAAGCAGUGAUUCUAACAUCAUUAUUUGGAGAUUCUCCACCGGGGAGAUUCUCCAGCGGCUAACCAGGGCUCACCGUGAGUCCGUGCUCAAUGUUCGUUUUGAUAGCCGUAUCUUGGUCACUUCAUCCAAAGACAAGAGCAUCAAGAUUUUCAACCGUAAACCUCUCAAAUACGGUGAUACGGGUUACAGGGUCGACGAAGUUGUCAGUCCAGUGGCAACCAAUAUCAAAAGAUAUGGGUUUGAUCCAGAUUUGGGUCAUGAGCUCCCGGUCAUCCCUUCGUUCACUAUGAUUGGGAGCCUUGAGGGGCACAGUGCCGCUGUAAAUGCCAUCCAGGUUCGUGGCGACGUGGUGGUCUCGGUAUCAGGCGAUCGGCAUAUCAAAAUCUGGAAUUGGCCUCAACGAGUAUGCACUCAGACUAUUUCUGCCCAUGACAAAGGAAUAGCCUGUGUUGAGUUUGACGGACGGAGAGUUGUGAGCGGUAGUAGCGAUCACGAGGUCUGCAUUUUCGAUGCUCCAACUGGAGUUAAAGUUGCGCAACUCCGUGGUCAUUCACAACUUGUCCGGACGGUACAAGCUGGCUUUGGCGACUACCCCUAUAGUAAGAUUGAGGAUGAGCUUGAAGCCAGGAGGGUGGAUGCUGAGUACUUCAAGGCUGUCGAAGCCGGCCUCGUGGAACACAAUUCUGCGCAGUCAAGGCGCCGCGAACGUAGGACGAAUGCAGGCAGUUCCCGGCCAACGGACAUUGUCGCCUACGGUGCAAAGUUACCCCCAGGCGGGGGUGGAGGAAGAAAGUACGGGCGAAUAAUUUCCGGUUCUUAUGAUUGCAGCAUUAUCAUCUGGAGACGCGACAAGGAGGGUGUAUGGAAGCCCGCUCAUCAUUUGCGACAAGAAGAGGCGGCGGCGGCGGCCCAGCAGAGAGAAUCGGUUGUGCCUGAGUCGACUUUGGCUGGCAUUGAGUCAAUUUUGUUGCACCCCUCGAUUCGCCCGCUCUCUCGAUCGCCAGUUCCUCCACUGGGCUCACAGCAUUCAAGCGCCGGCAACACGGCUAACUCACCAUUUUCUCGCGCUCACAAUGCUCUUGCUCAUGUAUCGCCAGCAGUCUACACGGCUCUCAUCGACCAGGCUGUCCCUGCCGGCCCUGCAAUCCUGCACCAAGUUCUCACAACAUUGCCCGGAAUACUUUCGCAUCACAACUACCUGCAAGUUACGAUUGAGAAAGAGCCGUCGCCCUUUGUCCGAGCGCAACUCGUGCAGGUUGUUGUAGAUGCGCAGUUGUCUCAGCAACGUGCCAGUGUUGCUUCCCUCACCCAGGAGAAUGGCACAGAGCUACACCAGCAGACUGGUGGCAGUUCCACGGCAGCGGUAGCAGGUUCAUCUGAUCCCUCAGCUUCUUCAAGCGCUCUGCCUACACCGCAGAUUCCCCAAUUUGAUGCAUCGAUGCCACAGCUAGACCACACCACGGCUACAGGCCCUGGCCUACCAACGCAGACGCCACACAUGGGCCAAGCUCAGCAAACUGCCCUGCCACACACGGCCCCAGCCCUACCGCCACACCCCACGGCGGGGCCUCCUCAAGAUGCUUUGCCCGCAGAAAAUGAGGCCCAACCUGCUGCGGGAGUACACCACCCUCAUAUUGUGGCCCCGGAAAACGGUGCGGCUCGUGUGUUCAAGCUCCAGUUCGAUGCUCGGAAGAUUGUCUGCUGUAGUCAAGCACCUGUGAUCGUUGGAUGGGAUUUUUGCAACGGUGAUCCUGAAUUGGAAGAGGCCAGUCGCUUCUUUGCGACUAUUGAUUGA